CUAGCCCCGCGCUGCUCCCCGCCCGCUGCCGGGGAUGGCCCAGAGUCCGGCUCCCUGGGCAUCCAGAAUCCCCGGCCCGCCAGCCCUGGCCAUCAACGCGUCCUCCGCCCCGGCGGGGGGCAACUCCACCCCGGAGCUGGGGGGCGGCGGCUGGAGGAGCCGGGAGCCCUUCUCCAUCUUCAGCAUCCUCAUCCUCACCCUGCUGGCCCUCCUGACCGUCGCCACCUUCCUCUGGAACCUGCUGGUGCUGGUGACCAUCCUGCGGGUCAAGACCUUCCACCGGGUGCCCCACAACCUGGUGGCCUCCACCGCCGUGUCCGACGUGCUGGUGGCGGCGCUGGUCAUGCCGCUGAGCCUGGUGAAGGAGCUGUCGGCCGGGCGGCGCUGGCGGCUGGGCCGGGCGCUGUGCCACGUGUGGAUCUCCUUCGACGUGCUGUGCUGCACCGCCAGCAUCUGGAACGUGACGGCCAUCGCCCUGGACCGCUACUGGUCCCUCAGCCGCCACCUGGAGUACACCCUGCGCGCCCGCCGCCGCGUCUCCAACGCCAUGAUCGGCCUCACCUGGGCGCUCUCCGCCGUCAUCUCCCUGGCGCCGCUCUCCGGCUGGGGCGAGACCUACAGCCCGGCGCAGCAGCGCUGCCAGGUCAGCCAGGAGCCCUCCUACGCCGUCUUCUCCACCUGCGGCGCCUUCUACCUGCCGCUCUGCGUCGUGCUCUUCGUCUACUGGAAGAUCUACAAGGCGGCCCGGUUCCGGAUCGGCCGGCGCCGGAGGAACGCGGUCCUGCCGCUGCCGGAGCGGGGCCCGGUGAAAGAAGCUUCCCAUGAACCACAGAUGGUGUUUACAGCUCGCCACGCGACUAUCACUUUCCAGACAGAUGGAGAAACAUGGAGGGAACAGAAAGAGAAAAAAGCAGCUUUGAUGGUUGGCAUUUUAAUUGGAGUUUUUGUACUUUGCUGGAUACCUUUCUUUAUCACGGAAUUAAUAAGCCCCCUCUGUUCCUGCAACAUUCCACCGGUCUGGAAAAGCAUCUUUCUCUGGCUUGGCUACUCCAAUUCUUUCUUUAAUCCUCUUAUUUAUACAGCAUUUAACAAAAAUUACAACAAUGCCUUCAAAAACCUUUUUGUAAGGCAGAGAUAAAAGAGGGAUGGUUACAUUGCCAUGUAAUACACUGACUUAGUGGAGGAAAUAUGUGCCUGUGAAAUGUCUGAUUGUAAGGAGCAGCCACUAUCUAAAGGGAUUUUGCAGCAGUGAAGAACUACACUGAACACCUGUGUGUUGGGACAUAAACCUACUUACCCUGUACAGUCUCCCACUGAAAUGCAUGUACACUGAGCUGUGCUGAGGAAAGACGAUGAUAGAAGACUGAAGGGGUGAAUGUUUCCCUUCUCUAGGAUUUGAAUCGAUUUGUGCUAAAUCCUGGAAGAAGUUAAUUAAAAACAUCUAGCAUCACACUAAUCCCAUCUAACCAGACUAACUCUAUCCAGCCACGUGUUGCUGCCAGGUAGUAGAAUCUUCUUAAUGGGCACAGGCAUCAAUGCAAACUCUGCCAGUUAAGCAAUAGCUCGGACUGAUUGGUGCACAGUCCUGAUGCUAGUUUAAUUUCAUGAAUGUCUUGGGGGGGGGGGGGGAAGACAAAUGCACUUUGAUAUCUUUUUUGAUAGUAUUUAAAUAAAAUAAAUUGGACGAAGUUAAGCAGCCCUACUAGAGCAAGAACGCAGCCCGAGGUGAACCAAGGGCACAGCACUCGUGCUACCAUUGGUCCACUCCUAUAAAUUAUAAGUAAAGGUGAACUCUGAGUUAACUGAAACUGAAGGUCAGUUAUGUCCCCUUAGGUUACAGGAGUGGCGUUUUAGGGCCAGAUCCCCAGUUGGUGUAAAUCUGCACCAUUCCAAUAAAGUCAAUUUAUACCAGUUGAGGAGUUGGCCCUUAGGUUUUAUCCCUGCAGUUCUCUUAAGCGCUGCAGGGCUGCCACUCUGUUUUCUGCACCCAUGAUGAGCUCCAUGUUUGGGAUGUCCCCUGGUACUGUUGUACAAUGGGGUUUACACGUAUUAUUUUUUUAUAGCACUAGCAAGGUACAUUCACUCCUGUAAACAGGCUUGGCAGAAACACAUGUGCCACUUAUCUAUUUUUCUGUGUCGCUGCAGUGCAGUCUGUUCUCUGGCCAUCAUCAAGUUAAUUAGCAUAUCUAUCAGGGUGCUGAUUGCAUGGAUUCUACCCUCAACCUGCACAAAGCCACAGGAUUCUAGCACCAUUUUUCUAAAGAAUUAGAUUCCACGUUUGGUUUUAUUAGGAGGGAUUCACCAGAGCAGCAUUAUUAAAUGUCUGUAGAAGAGGUUCUGACAAUGAAAAAAUGAUGCUGAAUUUGUGAUCAGCCACGACUUGUUUUACUUUGCUUUUAACAAAGCUCAUUGCAGUGUACCUGAAAAGGUUUCAUAGCGCUGAGGGGAAGCCAAGAUCACCUCUCCCUUCUCAUCGAAACUUAACUUUCA